AAAGAGGUUGUUCGGAAUUGAAAGACAAGGAAGAGAGAGUGACACUCCCGCACAAGAAGAAGGAGGGUGGCAAUGGCUUCUGCUUCAACUUGUCAAACUCAAAGGGUUGACGAGGAGAAGGAGCCCAAAAGCAGCAAUUCAUCGAAAUCUUGUUUUCAGCCAACAGUCAGUUUGAAAGAUUGGUGGCUUAUUAGGGCUGAAAGAGAUUCUCAAGGAAGAACCCUUGCCGUUGCUGGGCUCACUUCUCGAGAGGGUCAAGCUCUGCGAGGAUUCACUUCUGCACCAAUUCUCAAGAUAUAUGAUGUUUUUAAUCUUGAGACCAUUGAUGGGAUAUGCGUUGUCCUCAAAGGCUUCAUAAACAAAAGUCGUUCAGAGGAAAAUGGUUUUCCAUCUGAGGUGAUCGGACAGUUUCUUUUUGGUUUUCCUCCUCAAUGGGAGACGUUCAAUGAGAAAUUCUUAGGAAGAGAAUCUAAAGGUAAGGCUUCUGCAAGUGAUGCCCUUGGUUUUGAAAAACCAUCCGUGUACUCUGAAAAGGUUAAAGAUCUAAAGAAGUUAGAUCAAAAUGAUCAUGUAGAGACUACCGGUGAAACAAUUCAGGAUCAUAAUGGGAGAAAAGAUUAUGAAGUAGAAGACAAUUUGAUGAGGGACAAUCAGAAUGAUGGAGAAGUUGCAAAUGAAGUUAUUGUACAAAAGAAGAAAAAAAGAGCAACAAGGUCAUCGGACCAGCUUAAUUCUACAAACACUUCUACAAGCAUUGCAAAGGAGCAAGGAAUACUGGAUCAUAAUGGGAUAAAAGACUAUGAAGUAGAAGACAAUUUGAUGAGGGACAGUCAGAAUGAUGGUGAAGUUGCAAGUGAAGUUAUUGUACAAAAGAAGACAAAAAGAGCAAUGAGGUCACCGGACAUGCUUAAUUCUACAAACACUUCUACAAGCAUUGCAAAGGAGCAAACUGCAGAUGUUAAUCGAACAACUCACUUUAAAAGUUCAAGCACGGAAAAUGCAAAAAGAAAAUUGUCAUAUGGAAGUCCUCAGCAAGGGAAAGAGGCAGUUCGACUUAUCUCUCCUGAACCUUUGAGUUUUAACAGAUCUAGAUCAGGGAGAGUGCUACUUCCUCCGAUGGCAUUUUGGCGCAAUCAAAGAGCAGUUUAUGAUGCGGAUCAGAGGGUUACAGAAGUUAUACAAGGUGACCCGAAUCUGGAUUAUCUAUCUAGAGUGUGUAGAUCUGAACCAUCAAAAAAGAAACGGCAACACAGAUGAAAGUUAAAGCUCCUAUUGUCUAGUGGAAAUGUAAAGGAACCUAAAGGGGAGGCAUAAGCAACACUGGCACAUUUGUACAAAAAUGUGUGAAGGCUCUACAGUUUACUAAUGCCAUUUUUGGAUGCAUAUUUACUAGACAGAUAUCUCUUUUGUUUCUUAGAACAGCUUGCAAGCUACGAUGUUAACUCAUUUAUGCAGCUAGUUAUGUUAAUAUAUAGGUUCACUUGGACUGUAUCUUGGUAUAUCUGAAAGCAAAAAACUUUUCAAACACAUCAUGGUGUAUUGUGUAUCAGAAAUAGUUUCUCCGUCUUCACAAAGCAAGGGUAAGGUCACUCUCUCCAGACUUUUCAAACACAUCAUGGUGUAUGAUGUAUGGUGUAUCAGAAAUAGUUUCUCCGUCUUCACAAAGUAGGGGUAAGGUCACCCUCUCCACUUGUGAUAUUACAUUGGAUAUGUUAUAGUUAUGUCAUGGUCACGUGUUGUCUUCCA